CCCCGCAACAGUAAGUCACAUGUUUGAAUGAUAUCAUGUGACUUGAAUUUACUCUCAGACUUGAUGUUAUGGACCAGUAAAUGCGGAACAUACGGAGACCCGAUGGUGUGUUGUUGUCUUUGUGUGUCACACAUAAUGGUGGUGUGAAGAAGAUAUGUGCAUUCAGGUUAAAGGUAAGAGUUCAAAUGCCAAGAGCCAAGUCAGUGUGAUGUAUAAAUGUGUGCUCUAUUUUGUCUGAGAAAUAAAAUUAUGUUUUGUAAAAGUGUUACUCUAAGUAAGAAAGACUCACUCGGUCUCAGUCAUUACUGAGGUAAGACUAAGAUUAAGAUUAUAGUUACAGUUACAGUAAAACAAAGUUACGUUUUUCGCUAUUAUUGUGCCUACAGUCUAUUAUACAGAAGACAAUUAUUAUCAUUGCUAGUACUAGUACUAGUAGAUAUUGAGACAAGGAAGAUCAUGGUUUAAAAAUACAAGCACUAGUUACUAGGAAGGAACUGUCCCUGCUGCUCAGCAAUUAUUUAAGUAAGAUUGUGGGACUAUGACUAGGAAGGAUCUGUCCCUGUUGCUCUGCUAUUAUUUAAAUAAGAUUGUGGCACUAUGAAUAGGAAGGAACUGUCCCUGUUGCUCAACUAUUAUUUAUCUAAGAUUGUGCCCAACGACUUGUGGAGACAUCCUGUUUAAUUAAUGUUGACAUAAACAAGUGAAGGAUCCUGGUGGAGACAUACUGUAAUGGAGAUACAAACCAGAGUAUUCUAAAGUAUUCUGGUGAGUUCAUGAAAGAGGGAAAGCCAAAAACAAAUGAACAUUUUUACAUUUAAAGGCAGUGUCAAAUCUGGGCUGUGUGUGUGUGGGGGGGGGGGUGGAAGGUGCGCUCUUGGACACACUGGUCAGUCACUGGCACUGCUGACCACAAACCCAAUUUGCUGAUGCCAGCCUAUGUUGCUAAGCACAAACACAAGUCACUUUCUGCAAACCUAUGUUACUAACUGACUAACCACAAACUAGGUGUCACUAACCACAAGCCCAUGUCAUUAAAUGAAACAACAAGACCCUGUUGGUAACUAGCAGCCCUUGUUGAUGACCAUGUACCAAGCCAUAAGCCCAUUCCAAGUAGUAGUAGCCAAACAGUGAAUGUACCCUAUCCUUGUAACUGUUAGCUUGUUUAUAGGUAGGUACACAUUUGACCUAGAUAAGUAUCAGUGUACAUUACAUAAGUACACUGUACAGGAUGGAUGCUACCUCUUGGCCCACUAGGCAUCAUUCUGGAGGAGGCUGAUCUAACAGACUGGCACUGGCACAGACUAAUGUGUUGACAUGUUUUUGUAACCAUCAGCACAGUGGUCUCAUUUCUUUACUUUUCAAGUACAGUUGGAGGGGUGGGGUGGGUAUCAACCUGGUCAGUGAAUAUGUUACACAUUAGGUCUAGGGUCAUGUACCAGCAAUGUACACUGUUUGUACACAUUUGAUAUAUUUUACCAUUAAUCAGUAUUGUUGUACACUAUGAUAGUACACAUUUGACAUUACUCCAUAUGGGUGUACACUUUGUAUACAUUUGACCUCAGUCAGUAUAAUUCUUUAUUAUAUGACUGCACAUUUAACUUCAACAAAACCCAACCAUUUCAUGCUGGGCACACUGUAGUAAAAACCAACCAUUUCAUGCUGGGCACACUGUAGUAGAACCCAACCAUUUCAUGCUGGGCACACUGUAGUAAAACCCACCCAUAUCAUGCUGGGCACACUGUAGUAGAACCUAACCAUUUCAUGCUGGGCACACUGUAGUAGAACCUAACCAUUUCAUGCUGGACACACUGUAGUAGAACCCAAUCAUUUCAUGCUGGGCACACUGUAGUAAAACCCAACCAUUUCAUGCAGGGCACACUGUAGUAGAACCCAACCAUUUCAUGCUGGGCACACUGUAGUAGAACCCAACCAUAUCAUGCAGGGCACACUAUAGUAGAACCCAACCAUUUCAUGCUGGGCACACUGUAGUAGAACCCAACCAUUUCAUGCUGGGCACACUGUAGUAGAACCCAACCAUUUCAUGCAGGGCACACUGUAGUAGAACCCAACCAUAUCAUGCAGCAUCUAAUGACACAAAAGUUUUAUAUUAAACCAGUUAUGAGACAUUCUUUUAAUAAUGGCAGCUUGAUCUUAAAUUAGACAAUGAUAAAUGGACCAAAAUAUUUACCAACACUAGGUCCACUUUAGUGUCAUGUCACUUAGUUAUCACGCAGUCUACAUAAUCAUCACAUCAUGUUUACAAUCAAUAUCUCCAAGUUAUCAAAUCAAGUUGCCACUAUAGGCUUGUAUACUUACAAUUUAUCUCAAACCAUCUCCUCUUAAUAAAGUCAAAUAAGUUAUAAAACAUUUUAUUGACUGAUGUGAUCUCAAUCAACCACUCUCUCGGACAAUUAAAAAGUAUACCAUAUCCAGAGAAAUGUUCGAUUGGCCAAAUGGAUCAGCCACACAGAGAAAUGUUCAAUUUGACAACUAAAUCAAGCUCACACAGAGAAAUUUUCAAAUGUCUGCUGUAUGAACUGUCCUUUUGAUUAAGUUUUGGUGUACUGUGGGCAUUGAUGUAUUGAUUUACACUUUUGUUUCUUUUUCUUUGUAAUUAAGUUUCAAAAGAUUUACAUCAUCAUUAGUAGCGCUACAGCCCAUGUAGGGCCCUGGCCUGCUCCACCACAUCAUAUCCAUUGAUAUAUUAUCCUAACUUAUGUAUAUCUUAUGUCACAAUGUGUAAGUCAUUGUUACACAUCAACAAUGGUUAAACUUCAUUAAUCUUACAUAUUCUGAUGUGUCUGUAUUAAUUACCAUGUAGAUUAGUUGUAACCAUAUACAGUCAUACCCUGGGGCAGUAUUUAUUUACAUGGCCUUUACGGCUUAUGUAUUCCAAAAAUAUUCCUGCUGCAUGGUUAAUAGGCUUGUUUCAACAUCAAUUUCUUAAUGUUUCUGAUUCAGGAGCUUGGUGCCUGUGACUGACACAGCUGCUUGAUGAAGGCAACUGAGCUGUUCGGGCUGUUUUGACAUUGGUCAAGCUGAGAGAAGCUGGAACUUUUAGGGUUAACUCAAAAAGACAGUUCUGUAAAGGGACAUUUGCUGAGAGGGAAAACUUACAUCGUUUGGCCCCUGAUACAAUUUGAGAUCCUCUUUGUCAAGUCAGCGAAGUCACCAAUGGUCACAACAUGGGCAACAUUUGUGACUGUGACAAGAAUGGCCAAGUAAGUAUUACCUGGGAACCGCUGAUUAGUGCACUGUAAACACUGUUAAGACAAAACUAACUGUCCUUUUUAAAACUAUGUUAAAUUCAUACAAAAAAUGUACUCCAGGCCACACCCAACACAAAUCGCUCUAAACACUGUCAGAUCUCUAUCACACUCAUCACCAGCCACUGUUCACACUGUCAACUACCAACAUGUCCUAAUUGCUAUUAUCCCCAAUAAUUGACUAAGGCAGUGUCACACUAAUCUUUCCAUGACCAAUGACUAAAUCAGGGUUGUUCUCAGAACUCCAAUCUAUUCUGGCGCCUCAAAAGAUAAACAUCUCUGUGUCAUGUUGAUGGCAUACAUUUCUGUGCCCAUGUUUUCUCUCCAGGACAAUAACGGUGUCAACCCCAGAACUCCCCUCUUAUCUGGCAACUCACAUCACACACCAAUAACACGAGAGCCUUCAGGGACGGCCACUGGGCAGUCUGCUCGGUCAUACAAGCCAGAGAAAUCAGAAUUAAGUAAGUUACAUGUCAGUUACCUAAUGAAGUCAUUCAAUGGACUACCUGAAAGACUGAAUAGACUGUGACUAGUCUAGACUUUUAUGUUUAGGUGAUUUUGUUAAAAAUUGUAUUUUAUUAUGUCAUCAAUUUGUUAUAUUGAACUAAUUAAUAUAUUUACUAUAGCAUUAUUAUUUCUAAUCUCAAAUAAGUUGAUUUACUGGAUUUACUGGGUUUUUUGGGGAUUUUUCAACCCACAACCUAAGUCAACCCAUAUUUUUAAAUUUCUUACGCAUUUCUUUUUUUUUUUUAAACUGUAUUAUCACACAGUAAGUUCCCUUGAAGAACUCUCCUUGAUAAGCUUGGCUAGGAUACAAAGUGUUCCAUCAUUGGAUAAAACUUUUCAGGUUGGUAUCUGAUAGGAUACAAAGUUGUCCAUUGUUGGAUAAAACUGUUCAGGUUGGUAUCCAAUAGGAUACUAAGUGUUCCUUAGAAAUGAUUUUUCAAUAGCAUUAGUUUUCUAUUUUUACAAAGACAGAAACAUAAUCUAAGAAGGUAACUCUGUAUUUGUUGUAUUUUAUCUUGAAUGAAAGAGCCUCUAGCACAAUGGUUCUCAACGAAUGGGUCGCGACCCCUUUGGGGUUCGCACGACCAUUUCCCAGGGGUCGCCUAAGACCAUCUGAAACACAUGUACUUUACAGUUAUGAAGUAGCAACGAAAAUAAUUUUUUGGCUGGGGGUAGCCACAACAUGAGGAACUGUAUUUAAGGUUCGCAGCAUUAGGAUGGUUGAGAACCACUGCUCUAGCACUAAGCAAACACUCCACAAGUCAUGAUGUGUAACUACUAAUCUUGAUGUUUAACUACUCCUUUUGAUGUUCAUCAACUGUAUGGUGUUAGCAAGAAGGGCUGUGUGAAGGGGGCACUUGCCAUGGCGUAUUUGUGAAUUAAAUGAUAAAAUCCCUUGUACUUCACAAAGACAAGGGGGCAAAAAUUGUCUUUUUACUUGUCUAUUUUUAAUCUAUAAUGGGGGGAGGAGGAGUGGGGUGUAUACAUGUUCACAUUGAGAAUGCUUGAAUGAAAUUAUAAUUCAAAACAUGCUGGAAAAAAAAGAAAGGAGAAAAUAAAAAUGACCCAGAGGGGGGGGGGGGUGCGGGGGGUGCAGUUGUCAUAAAAUGUAAUUUAACUAGGUGUUUGUUCUAAUGAAAUAAGGUUUUAAAUUCUGCACUAGGAAAUAUUAUCUGCUCUAUUCAAAAGUUCACCUAUAUACCUUACUUGCCCUCCAUACACACAGUAACUCUUUUGACCACUUUACCUCAGGUUAAACACACAGACUUAUGCUUGUUUCAAUUUAAAGAGAUAAAAAUAGUCUAAGAUAAAGCCAAAUUUUACUCAGAUCUGUUGUUUUGUCAAAUAGUUUGAUGUCACUUGUAUGUCAAAUAGUUUGAUGUCACUUGUAUGUCAAAUAGUUUGAUGUCACUUGUAUGUCAAAUAGUUUGAUGUCACUUGCAUGUCAAAUAGUUUGAUGUCACUUGUAUGUCAAAUAGUUUGAUAUCACUUGUAAGUGUACACAGAUAGCUUUUAUAGUUCCAUUUGCUUAAGACUUAUAACAGUCUAACCCUCUUCUCCAUCAACAUGUAAUAUUUAGUAUGUAUCAUUGAAUUUAGGAUUUAAUAUCAUUUCUUUACCACCAUGUAAUUUAGGCAGGUUUCUUGAAAUUACAAUUGAAUACAUGUGUACAAAUUAUCUGUGUGUACCAGAAUUAUGGUAUCAUUUAAUGCAGAGGUUCUGGCCCAUGGGCCAGAUCCAUCCUGCCUGGCUGUUGUUUGGUUACCCGUGUAGCAGUGACAAAUACCGAAAUGGACAAUUUCAAUUUUACUAGCCAAACACAUCCCAUAAAAUAUAUAAAAAUUGAUGGUCAUUAAAAAUGCUCUACAUUUGAAAUAUUGUAUUGUAAUUUCCUCUUAUGACUACAGAUAAGAUAAGAUACGAUAAGAUGAGUGUGCAUUGGAGUUUAAGCAGAUUUUUUUCAAACUAUAACCAGCCCCCCCCCCCCUUUCCCAAGUGCUUGUGGCAGUGAACUGCCCCAUUUAAAAUGUCUGAGGACCUCUGAUUUAAUGUAUAUGCACAUAUGGUCUAAUGUAUGAUAUAAUUAUUUAAUUUAUGAUGUAAGGAAGUAAUAUAUAUGAUGCAAUAUAUGAUAUAAUAUAUGAUGUAAUAUAUGAUGUUUCUCUACCAGGAUCAUGGUAAGCUGUAUAAUGAUCUGUAUUCAAACUUUGUUGAUUUGAGAAAAUGUCUCAAUGAAUUCAAAGCAAAGUUUGAGGCUGACACUGCGGGAAUUCCCACAAUAACAGAGUGUCUUAAACUGUUGGCAAAGCAAUGUGGUAAGUGCUUAAUUAGUUAAACUGUUGAAGACUUCACUUGUCAUUGCUGAUAUGUCUUUGUCCUAACAUCCAUAUCCUAUCCAUCCCAGUGGCGCUACAGCCCAAGUAGGGCUUUGACCUGCCUCACCACUUCCUUCAGACCUAACUGAUGCUUUUCUUUUCCAUGCUUGGAUUCCCAGCUGCUGUAGAUAUUUUCCACAUCAUCCAUCCAUGCCUUGGUCUGGCUAUGAGCAGUUUUCCUCUGGAGUUUUGAUGAUGCAUCCUCUUCACUGCUCUGUCAUUUGGCAUUCUUUCUAAGUGUCCCAUCCAGCGUUGCCUGCCCUUUUUUAUUUCUGCUACCACUAGUAGGAUCCUGAUAUAGUCCAUAAAAUUCCUGGUUAGUUCGUAUUCUAUAUCCAUAUUUAUCCUUUGUUGGUCCAUGUGUUUUUGGUGAAAUUUUAUAGAAUUUUUUUCUUGUAAUGUUUUUACUUUAGAGUAUUUUGUGACUACUGAAGUAUGCCCUGUUUCCCAACAAUAUUUUUUCUUUUAUUUCUGUAAAUAAUUCAUUUCUUACAUUUAUUAAGGAUCCUAGAUAUUUGAAGUGAUUUACUUUUCCAAAAGUCUGGGUUCUAAUUUUAAUGGUUUCAUGUGUCUAUCCAUUCUAAAGUCAUGUAUUUUGUUUUUUGGUUGUUAACUUUUGACCCUGCUUGUAGUCAUGUCAAUAUCCUACUGUAAGUUUUUCUCUUUCAAUAUCCUACUGUCAACUUUCACCUAAUGCACUUGUUGCCUAAUGGGUAGGCACAGUCUCUCUAAGGGUCUAUGAGAGCUAAAGGGGGUCAAUUGGAAAAUAAAUUUGUCUUUUUCAUUUUUUUUAAAUAUUCAAUUUUAAAGUAUAGUUUCUAUCCUAUGCAUUAAAGGGCCACCUAGAUACUGGAUUAACCAUGCUAGCUCACUAAAUAUUAAACAGAAAUAUUAUAAACUAGAUAUAGCCCGCAAACAUUGGCGACAGCAAUGCGUGAACUUCCCAUCUAGUUAAGUUACUUGACAAAACAUGAACUCAAGUAAGGCACAUUUAAAAGAAUCCCAAUAUUUGCUACACCCCCUUCCCCCAUGAAAUGUCACUGCACACUUUUUAUUUCACGCCCAUGAACUAUAUUAAUAUUCUCAUGUCCAAACAACUUUUAAACCGAAUAUUUUUUAUGCAAUACUUAAAUUGAGAUGAUUUCAUGUCUGAAAAGAAAAUAUUAUGCACAAAACGCAAUUGCGUUAUUAAAUAUAUAUAUAUAUCAUUUAGCGUAGUUAUUGGGAAUUAUAUUUUACGUGCUAGUGAACUCAUUAUUGAACCCCAUUCUGGCGUAUCUAUAAAUAGCCUGCAUGGUGUUUGACCCGUCUUGUUUGACCUUUGCUGGCGAAUUAUAUACAGGGUGGGCCAAUAAAAGUGAGAACAUCUCAUAAAAUGUAACGCUACGAAAUGUUCUCACUUUUAAUGGCCCACCCUGUAUAUAGAUUAGAGAGAAACUGUAGCCAUAGCAGGCCUCACCAGUGAACUCAUAGACAGGUCUAACUAGUGAACUGUAGCCUUAAGAAUAAAUUAGGGAGACACUGAAGCCUUAAGAAUAAAUUAGGAAGAAACUGAAGCCUUAAGAAUAAAUUAAGGAGACACUGAAGCCUUAAGAAUAAAUUAGGGAGACACCCAAGCCUUAAGAAUAGAUCUAACAAUCAUGGAGUCCAGAGUAAAAACACCAAGCACAUCAUUAUGUUAAAAAUAUAUUAUGUCUUGAAUGUUAUGUUGCUUGAUUAACUGUGAAUGUUUCUUAAAUAAAAUUUAUUAUGCACCAUAAUUUAUUACCUUUCAAACCUUUCAUAAAAUAUAUUUUUUUUAAACUAUCGCUGGAGUAUCCAAAUUUGUAUAAUAUAGUUUAACUGGUUGCUGAGAUUGGUAAUCCUUGACUUAAUAUCUGCAGAUGUUAAAAAUAAAUUUCAAUAAUAAUGUUAGAUAAUCAUUUUCAGAUAUACAACUUAAAAUAAGAAGUUAAAUAUGAAAUUCAAAAAAGAAUUCCAAAUAAUAAGUUUAGGACUUCUGAUUACUAAAUUUAUUUUAUUUCUAGGCAAUGCAAGACUCAUAGGUUCAAGGACAAAGAAUUGUAUCCAAAUCACCUAUGACAAACGUUACGUUUCCCAGAAUUGUGAGGGACAGCCAGAGGAAGUCCUUGAGACACUGGAACUUUACAACAAAGCUAACAAACUUAUCAAGAAUCUUCUCGACAAGGCACCCCAGGUAAGACAAGGCAUCUCAGGUAAACAAGACAUACCAGGUAAAAUGUACCUCAAUAUGUACUAUAGUAAACAAAACAUAUUCUUCAAGUUCUAAUUAUAAGAAUAUUUUUGUUUACCUCCAUUGAAAUUUACUUUAAAAAUGAAAACGUAAAUGUCAUACAAAAGUUAGUCUACAUGUGGAAGACGCAUGGUGGAAUAACUAUUUGGGAAAGGUGUGCAACAUUGUUAGGGCCCCUGUUCAUUUAGAGACACCUGUAUAAUAUUAUUACCUGCUUUCCACAGGUUAAUUGUAUUUUAAUAGUACUGUAACAAAAUUCUUUUGAAAUAAUUUUAUGUCAAUUAUAUGUUUUCAGGUUACAAUUAUUAGUAUCAAUAUGGGGAGGACCCAGACAGGUUAAGGGGAGGACCCAUUCAGGUUAAGGGGAGGACCCAGUCAGGUUAAGGGGAGGACCCAGUCAGGUUAAGGGGAGGACCCAGUCAGGUUAAAGCAUAUUUAAUGCAUAUUGGCUGUGUUGCUUAGGGUUGGAAUGGAUAGAAAGACUUUGACUUGGUAUGCUUGUAAUUGUAAUUAGUUUUUGUAGUGUUGCGUUUGUUUUAAAUGUGGUAAAUUAUAGAUUUUUUUUUUACUUUUGUACCGCGCUUCGAGCCUUUUGGGAUGAAGCGUGUUUUUUGAAAUACACUUUAUUAUUAUUAUUAUUAUAUGAAAAUGUAGAGCCUUGUCAUUCCCUAUAAUGAUCCAUCAGUUUCUAUGGACAAUAAAUUUAUAGCUAUUGGCUACCAAUGUAGGAUGUUCUCCCUGCCCCCAAGGCAUUAAUAUAGCCUGGUUGGACUUAAAUGUUAGACUAAAAAUUAUAGGCUACAAAUGAGAAUACUAAAAUUUUAGACUGCCAAUUUUAAAAUGCAAUUGUUUUACCUUAUUUUUUAACCAUUUUUUCGUUUUUAAAGUUAUAAAGAAAUAUUUAUUUCAAUUUUUGUUAAUAGGUCAAAAGUUCCAUAACUCUAGUUCUAGAAGAAGAGCAUAAGUUGAAAAGAGAGGUCACCAAAGCAGAUCCUGAUGGCAAAUUAGGUCCGGAACCUCUUAAACUGACCAGUCAAAACUUCAUCAAGCUACACAAAAUCCCAACCAGUAUAGACACCAUCAACAACUACACUAGUAAGGCUUUCAAGGAGAUUGUCAGUGGAUCAAAAAUUUUGUUUGAGGACACCUAGGAGUUUUUUCUUGAUAUAUAUUUAUGAACAUAGUGCACUUGAGGAAUAUUAAUUAAAUGAACUUUUGUUACUUCCAAUUUAGAAUUUGGUAAUUGGAAUCCAAGCCAAAUAAAAUAAUUGAUGUUUAUUUGUUACCAUGAGAUUGACUUGUAUGAGUAUUAAUUUACACUUGUCCUUUUUUUUAAUGGAACUGUUUUUUUUUAAAUAUCUGUACAAUAAAGAUGGAAAAAAUAGCUGUCAUCAAAUAUUCAUUUUAUGAUUGAACGUUGUCUGUGCCAUCAGAUGGUUUUGUUGAAUGUUGUCUGUGCCAUCAGAUGGUUUUGUUGAAUGUUGUCUGUGC